AUGAUUCAUAAUGUGAUAGAGAAAUUUGACCUCACUGGUGUACUACAUUUUCAGCUGGCUUUUAUUGUGCCCUCCUUGUUCAUUUUCCUGGGAGGCCUGCUUACCAUCCUGGCUUUCAGGAUAGCCAGAUACACCUAUGGAUUCAUCCUAGCAUACAUCUGGAGGAAAAAGGACAAGGAUGCAUGGUGGCCUUACCAAAGGAAGCAGAGCUCUGUCUAUUGGAUGAGGGUCUUCUCUACAGAGGUGCAGAUGAUGCUGUCAGCCCAGACAUCCACGGGGCGUGUGCUGAUGAUACUGGUGUUUUUCCUGAAUAUUGGCUCGCUCGUAGCAUAUUUUGUCGACCUUAGCGAAAGAGAGACUUCCAAGAUCUACUUCCCAGACAAUAUCCUUUUUAUAGAUACAGGCUUCAAUGCUUUCUUCCUGCUUUACUUUGGAUUACGGUUGGUGGCAGCAGAUGACAAGCUGAGGUUCUGGUUUGAGCUGAAUUCUCUUGUGGAUUUCUUCACCAUUCCUCCAGUUUUUGUUUCGUAUUACUUAAAGAAGAACUGGCUUGGUUUGCGUUUUCUGAGAGCACUGAGGUUGUUAGAACUUCCCCGAAUACUGCAGUUCCUCAGGAUUACCAAGGACAAUUAUUCAAUCAAGCUCUCCAAACUCUUUGCUGUAUUUCUCAGCACAUGGCUCACAGCUGCAGGAUUUAUUCAUCUGGUAGAAAACAAUGGAGAUCCUUGGGUUCACCCUGGCAAUUCUCAGUCCCUCAGCUAUUUCAAGUGCAUGUACCUGGUAAUGGUGACCAUGUCCACUGUGGGCUACGGUGAUGUCGUGGUGAAAACAGCCCUCGGUCGGACCUUCAUUAUUUUCUUCAUCAUUGGUGGUUUGGUACUGUUUGCAAACUUUAGCCCUGAAGUUGUGGAAAUUGUCGAAAGCCAUAAAAGUUACAAAUCCUCCUAUGAAGUGGUGAGUGGGAAAAACUAUAUUGUUGUCUGCGGAAAUAUCACUCUGGAGAGUGUCACUGCUUUCCUACAAGACUUCUUGCUUCAGGACAAGGGAAACGUUUGCACAGAAAUCCUUUUUCUGGGAGAGUCUCUUCCUAGUCUGGAGCUGGAAGCUGUAUUCAAAUGCUAUUCAGCCUACACUACUUUUUUUUAUGGCUCUGCACUGAACUUGGAAGAUCUAAAGAGAGUUGGGAUGGCUUCUGCAAGCGCCUGUCUCAUUCUAGCCGAUAUUAACUCUCUGCAACCUUAUACUGAAGAUACUUCCAAUAUCAUGAGAGUGCUGUCGAUCAAGAAUAACUGCCCAAACACGAGAGUGAUUUUACAAAUAAUUCAGUCUCAUAACAAGGUCUAUCUGCAAAACAUCCCCAAUUGGGGCUGGAGGACAGGAGAUGACAUCAUCUGUUUGGCUGAGCUCAAGCUGGGCUUUAUAGCCCAAAGCUGCUUGGUUCCCGGCUUGACUGAUCUCCUGACUAACUUGUUCAUUGGGAAAGAGAAGACUGAGACAAAGAGAAAAUACGUGGAGAACAAGAUGCUUCUGGAAGACAGAGACUACAGAGUGAUAACUUUCCUGCUCUCCAGUGAUUUCAUAGGCAUGACGUUUGGUGAGGUUUGUCGGUUGUGCUUUGUUAAAUUGGACCUUGUCUUGUUGGGGAUUGAAUUCAAGUUUGGCAGUCAAGGAGAGAGCACAAUCCUGAUCAAUCCGUCUGUGCCGAUAAAGCUGCAUCGAAAUACAAUGGGCUUUUUUAUUGCUCAUUCCCUGGCGGAAGUCAAAAGGGCACAUUUCUACUGUAAAGCCUGUCAUAGUGAUAUAAAGGAUCCAGAGCAAAUUAAAAAAUGUUAUUGUAAAGGCAGACUUCGCUCAAAACCUUUCUCAGAGAGACUGAAAUUCUAUCAAGAAUCACUGCAUAUUUUGGAUGGGGAACUUGUAAGGUCAAGGUCCUAUGGGAUUCUACCAUCUCUGAGCUUCGUCAAUGGGGAUUUGGAUGUCGAAGGAGAGGAGAGCAGCAGAGUCACCCUGGACCCAACAGGAAGGUUCCACUGGUGCGACCCUGUCCCGCUGCAGGACGCUCUCCUGACUUGCAAGGACCAAGCUCUACAGAACCUUCAGGAUCACAUUUUGGUUUGUGUGUUUGGCGAUGCGAACUCACCGCUGAUUGGGCUGCAGGACUUCGUGAUGCCCUUACGAGCCAGUAACUUCCUUUACCAAGAGCUGAAAGACAUUGUAUUUCUUGGGCCUUUGGAGUAUCUGCAAAGAGAAUGGAAAUUUAUUCAGAAUUUCCCAAAGCUGUGGUUAUUCUCAGGCAGCGCGCUGGCGUGCGCGGACCUGCGGGCGCUCGGCGUGGAGCACUGCGCCGCCUGCGCCAUCCUGUCCUCCACCAGCGGCGCCAGCAACCCGGCCCUGGUGGACACCGAGAGCAUCCUGGCCACGCUCAACGUGCGCUCCAUGCAGAGCCGGCCCGGCUCCCUAGAGACUGUUUUCGGAAUGAGUGCAUUUGGGAAUCAAUCAGAGCCAUGUUAUAAAAGGAUCCCCAUCACCACAGAGCUGAAGUCUUCCCCAAAUGUCCAGUUCAUCAAUCAAGCUUUCGACCUCAAUUCUGAGCUCAUAGACCAAGAUGAAUUUUUCACCACUGCUGCCUGCGCAGGGGAUAUCUUCUCAGAUAGCUUCUUGAAUUCCCUUUUGUCUAUCACCUACUACAACCAUCACAUCUUGGCUUUGCUGCAGACUUUGGUGACGAACGGGACCAGCGCGGCGCUGGAGGAGCGGCUGCUGGAGAAGGGCAGCGUCCUGGGCAGGUUUCCCCGCAGAGCCGCGCACCGCGCCUCCCGCGCCAGGUCCAAGCUGGCGCUCCUGCCGCUCUCCACGAGGCUGCUGCCGGACGCCACGGAGAACUGCUUUGGAGACGUUUACUGCCGAGCUUUAGAUUUGUUUGGGAUACUCUGCUUUGGGCUCUACCGUCUGAUGGACGAGCCCAAUCCGUGCAAGAAUAGGUUUGUGAUUGCUCGUCCCUGCAGCAGCUUGAAGAUGUUGCGCUCAGAUCUGCUCUUCUGUGUCGUUCCGUUCAACUCUGAAGCUGAUGACCUUGGCAUGGAGGGGAGAGUCAGCUCCGAAGCAAGAAACCAGGUAGCAAAGACAGCCUCAUCCCAGAGUUAG